UGUAGUGGGGGGUCUGUGAUUCUGAUUAUAGAGUGACGAUUUCGAAUUUAAAUUUUAAAUUUGCCGCCAAUAUUAAGUUUGCAUACAUUUUUUAUGGCCCCAUGUUUUUAUUUAUUGUUCUCAAAUAACUGACAUUUUAAACGAUUUUAGAUUUGUCAUAAAAACUAAAAUUAUUCAACGAAACUGUAAGCACUGCAAGUGACAAGUGACAGCCCUAAAUGACAGCUUUGUUUAUUUACCAAAUUUAAAAUUACAGACAAUUUAAUGUUUAAAAUGGCUUCAAAACCGCCGAGUGAUGUAGAUCCGAUUAAAAAUGAACGAAGCGGGAAUGUCCGCGAAGUGGGGUCGCAAGCAAUUUGGAGCUUAUCCUCUUGCAAGCCAGGUUUUGGCGUUGAUCAGCUAAGGGAUGACCGUGACGACACGUACUGGCAAUCCGACGGCCAAUUACCUCAUUUAGUUAACGUGCAAUUCCAAAGAAAAACCACAAUUAGUGAUAUUUAUAUCUAUACAGACUAUAAAUUAGAUGAAAGCUACACCCCCAGUCGCAUAUCAAUCAGAGUGGGAAGCCACUUCAACGAUUUGCAAGAAAUCGAAGUUGUUAUGCUCACGGAACCGUCAGGAUGGGUACAUAUUCCCAUCAAGGACAUUAGAGAUAAACCCAUUAGAGUUUUCAUGAUACAGAUUGCUGUAACUAGUAAUCAUCAAAAUGGGAGGGAUACUCAUAUGAGACAAAUAAAAAUUUAUAGUCCAAUAGAAAAUCAAGGCUUAGCAAUUGACAAUUUUUUAAAUUUUUCUACUGUAGAAUUUCAACAAUAUGCAACAAUUAGAUAGUAGGAGUAAUAAAUUCUUUUUAAAUUUU